AGGAGCGAGAAGCGAAAAAAGGGGAGAGAAAAAAACAUGUACGAUCGCACGCAACAACUCCCUCCAAGCGUGGCUCUCCACGCGAAGAAAUACAAGGGAGAUACACAGUCUCUCGGAUGCAAUCGACUGGUGUAGAUCGCCCUGAACGCCACGGAAAAAGAUCAAGCUGAAACCCAGCAUAUAGCCUACAGAGUUGCAUUUGAUUUAAUUUUAAUUUUCGACCAAACCGAUAAGAGAUAGUUUAUAGUAAGCUUCUUCCUGCAUACUACAUCAACUGUAGUAGUACCCGUGCAUGUGCUAAAGUGGAUGCGAUGUGAGUGCGAAUCACUUCUCGCGGUGAAUUUUUGUAUUGUUCUGUAGUGUGUGAAACAAAAGAUAAGGAAGCACCACACGAAAGCGAGAGUUUUGAUCGAGGUGUUUGGAAAUUUUUGGAAACUGUAGUCAUCAGUGGAGUCGCGCAGUUUGGAAGCCUUCCGAGCAGAUAACGAACCAUGGAGCAGACGCCACCGGGUGUAGACGGGAAGUUCACCUCGCUCGAUGAGCUGCAGCGGCAACUGAACGAAGAUUUCGCUCAAACGCUCGGACCGAUGACUUCAUCUCAGCACAUGGCCACCGCAUCAGCAUCACCGGCAGCAGGAUCAUCAACUGGAGCGAGUGCAACGAUCGCUACCACCAUCAGCACCAUUGUGCUCCAGGGUGGUCCACUGCAGCUUGUUGUGGCGAUUCUAAAGAGUGGGGAAAAACUGUACAUAAAGGUGGCAGAUCUGCAACCAAAGUUCACAUUUCUCGGCCCCAGUUUAGAUGAUGCACUAAAGCUUCAGAAUCAACACGAUGAAUUGUUACGGCAGAUACAGAACAUGCCUACACCGCUGGAAGAGUUUUAUCGAAAAAUACAGGAAAAGAUUGCAUCCAACGAAAGACCCAACCCGACACUGAUCGAAGAGAUGGCCGCCUCACUGAAUGCCGUCUGGCACGACAUCAAGCAGAUGCUGGCCGAACGUCGAGAGAUCGUCGUAUUGAAUGUAGCAUUUUUCGAACGACUGGGCGAAGCGUACGGAAAAAUGUCCUCGCUCGAGGUGGCCUGCAACGACACGAUGAUCCCGAUCGAAAUUGACGCGGUACGGGAGUUCCUGGAGUCGUUUCGGGAUUUGCGCGGUGACAUGCUCGGUGCGGUAGCGACAACACUUAAAGCGGGCCAGCAGAUGUUGGAUCGGUUGCGGGUAUUGUCCGAAAUAGGGACACUCGAUUCCCGCCCGAACCACAUCAAACUGGACGCUGUGCAAGCGGCCGGUCAGGUGGAGGGAUGGCUGGAAGAUCUCUCCAACCGACGAAACCAGCUGGAACAGGCGUGGAUCUCGCGCAAGACACAGCUAGAACAGUGUCUCACGUUAGCCAUUCUAGCGAAGCAGCUGGAAGAGAUUGAACAAUGUCUUACCCGCGUACGCAGUCAAACGCUGAGCUCGUUUACACUCGGCGAUUCAGCGGAACAGGCAGGCAAUCUGCUAGAAACGUACCAAAAUCUCAAAACGGAAGCCGCACUACUUCGUGACAAGUCGCUCAAGAUCACUAAAACUACCGAAGAGCUGCUCACGAGUGGAUGUUUCGCUGGUGACGAAGCAUGCGCCAAAGCGUACUCCGUACUGAACGCGUGCUCCGAGCAUCUGGAGGAGAUCGAUCACCGGGAGUCCCUGUUGGGCCAGUCGCGGGACUUCUUCACCCGAGCGAGUGCGAUCCUUAAGCGGUUGGAUCAGCUGGAACUGGAGCUGGCUGGAGCUUCAAUGAGACCGGCAUCACCGAACGACCUUCCGGUGCAUCAGAAGUUGCUGCAGGACAUCCGGGAAACGAUUGGAGUGGUACUGCAGAUGGGUUACUCGCUGGUGGAUGAUGUUGGACGUACCAAACCGGAGGUGGCCGGCGUACAAACUAUGAUCGAGUGUAUCGAGCAGAGGAAGCUACACUUCGAACGGUACUGUAACGAGGAAAGCGAACGAAAUGUUCGAACGGCGCAAGCCCUGAACGAGUUCCUGGAGCUAUACGGUCAACUGUUUGCGUGGCUCGAGGAGGCACGUGAUGAACGGCUUGUACGUGGCACUGCUAUUCACUGGAUGGGUGAAACUUUGGUUGAAGCGAAAGACUGUCUGUUGCUUCAUCAUCAGUUCCUGAACGAUCUCGAGAUCAAAGGCAACGCUAUUAAUAACUUGCUCGUACGGUUGACGCCCAGCCUGGAGUAUCUUGCCGACGAGCAGCGUAAUGACGUGCAGCGUAAGAUCGAUCUCAUCCGUCAGCAGUGGAUUGCGUUGAAGAACUGCGUCAUCGAGCGGGUUGACCUGUUGAAGCUGUACAUCCGCUUCCACCAGGAAGCGGAAACGUUGCGCAACCAGUUCGAUGCCCACGCCAUCCAGUUCGCCACGUUCAAGGACAACCCGGAGGACCAUUCGCUCAUCCUGGCCGCUAUCGCUAACAUCCGCCAGACGCUGGAAAGCCUGCGCCCGCUCGGCGGACAGUGUCUUGAUCAGCUGCGGCAGAUCGGGGACGCAUACUUGCAGAAAACUCGCGCAGCGCAGUGCGUCGAGCGGACACUCGCCGAAUUUGCCGAUCGUCAGUCGGCCGUCAGUAAUGAGUGGGAAAGCUGGAACAGUCGACGGCGCACGGAGACAACACUGAAGGAAAUUAUGGCUGCCAACAUGGAGACAUUGGCUGUGGCGUCAAAGCUGGAGGAGCAGCUGUAUCCAAUCUUUAGUACCGCGCUCGAUAACCCGUCCGAUCUGAUCGACUUCAUUGGGCGCAAACGGGCUCAGCUCCAGCAGGACGUUAAAGCGGCCGAGGCGGAUCUUACGCAGCGCUUCGAUACAAUCGCUCAGCUGGAACUGGCGGGAGGUGACGGCGGCACCGGGCAGGAUAUAGUGGCGGUAAAGAACAAUCUGAACUCGAUCAAGACAAAGCUCUUUUCCCUUGGAGCCGACUUUGGUGAGCUUUCGGACGCCACCGAACACUUUCUGCGCUCGAUCAUGCAGUGUCGUGACAGUAUACGGGAGUACUUCGGUACCAAGCACGUAGUGACCGACCCGGGAAGUGUGGAGGCGAUCGCCGAAGGAUACGAACAGUUUAAGCAGGUGACGAUGGAACACUUCCGCGGUUUGCUGCAGCAGAGUGAACAGAUCAUUGAGCGUGUGAAAGCGCUGGAACCGCCGGGUGCACGUGAGCUCGAUACGGACAAGAUCAUUACGCUGCUGGAAAACUUGCGCACGUACUUUGAGUCACAGACGGAGUCGGAGAACUGUGAGCUAAAGAAGCAGCACAGUGUGCUGGCGUUUGAUCGCGAGUUGAGUGAAGUGCGUGCCGCAAUGCGUGCAGAAUACGAACGGUUGGAACGUGGACGUGGGGAGUAUGGGGACAGUUUGAGUGACGCUCAACGGACUAGGAUUGCUUUUGAGGAGCAUGCAACCGCCUUGCAGGACCUUGAACGUCGAAUCGAUGCAUUUAUCAACUCAGGAACGGAACUGGUACGUCAGUAUCCCGAGACAAGUCCAUACAUCGAGUCGGAAACGCACAAGAUACGCAACGAAUGGACCGACUUCCUACGCAAGCUGGAAGAACAUCGUCAACUGCACAGUAUUGCGAUCGAAUAUUUCGAGCUGAUAACCACGGUAAGACACAGACACAUUACUAUCCGAUCGGAAAUGAUUCUAAUAUAAUACCUCAUCCUUCAGAUUGAAGAUCAUUAUAGGACACUGAAUGCGGAGCUGAUUAACGCAAACAACAAGCUCACCAUAUUGAACAACGUCGACGUGGCUAACGAUCUGGUGGCGCAGGUGGACAACACGAUACGUACGCAUGAGACACGCCAGCUGGAUGCGUUGAAAAAGAUUGCAACACUAUCGACACAGCUGUACGGUUCCGAUAGGACCAUUACACUGUACACGGAAAAUACGAAGCUUUUCCAAACGUUCUACAAGAUCAAGACGGAGGUGUAUGAGAGAUCGAAGGAGCUGGCCGAGCAGCAGACACGGCGCGAUGAGCAACAGCGCCAGGAGCAGCUGCAGCGCGAACAGGAACAGUUGCAGCGCGAACAGGAACAGCAACGUUUGGAGCAGCUGCAGAAGGAACAAGCGGAGGAACAGCAACGUUUAGAACAGUUACAGAGGGAGCAGGAACAGGAACAGGAGCGAUUAGCGCAGCUUCAAAGGGAGCAGGAACAAGAGGAGCAGCGUUUGCAGCAAUUAAAGAGAGCACAAGAGGAUGAACAACAGCGUCUUGAGUUGCUGAAGCGAGAACAGGAACAGGAACAGCAGCGUUUGGAGCAGCUAAAGCGCGAACAAGAGCAAGAGCAAAAGCGUCUGGAGCAGCUGAAGCGCGAACAGGAGCAGGAACAGCUUCAGCGCGAACAGGAGCUGGCUCUGCGCAAGGAGCAGGAAGCAACAGUAGUGGAAAACGUACAAAUAACCACCACAACUUCACAGUCGGGUUUACCGCACCAGCAGCAGUCGUUCGAUGUGCAAACCAUCGACGAAGAACAGUACCUUCAGGAACCGCAAGUCCCGCUGGUCAUACAAACCGUCGAGGAACAGGUACACGAGCAAAUUCACGAAGUCAUAACCUCAUCCACACUGUCCGCAAGCCAGCCGGAGGCAAGCUUGCGUGUGAUUCAACCACUGACCGAUGUGUGCGUACAGGAAGGUCAGCGGGUGCGUCUGCAAUGUGUAGUAGCGGGCGUGCCAGAUCCAACCAUCGAGUGGUACAAGAACGGCAUCAGCGUGCAGGGUAAUCCCGACUAUCGGACGAGCUUUGAUCCGGCAAGCGGUGUCUGUACGCUGAUGAUCGACGAAACGGUUACUGCGGACAGCGCUGACAUACUGUGUCGCGUUGCAAACGAAGCCGGCAUUGCCGACACUACUGCCCGGUUGCUCGUGACGGAGGCACCACCACCGCCACCAAAGCCCGCCGGUACGGCACCAGUGUUCACGAUGCGUCUGCUGGAUGGAGGUGUCGCACAGGAGGGACAACCGUUCCAGUACGAUUGUGUGGUCGGCGGUCAACCGGUGCCGACGGUACACUGGUACAAGGGUGAUCAAUGCAUCGACAGUUCGCCCGACUAUCGUCGAACGUACGAUCCGACUUCGGGUGUAGCGUCCUUGCGCAUCGAACAGGUCUACCUUGAGGAUCAGACGCACUACACCUGCCGGGCGGUAAACGAUUGCGGCUCAGAUGAAACGAGUGCGUUUCUCACGGUCAAGCCGCUGGAACCGACAGAAUUUCCCGACUUCCCGGAACCGCUGUCGAACGUGAUGGCGCGUGUUGGGCAGAAGAUACGGCUCGAAGCGAAAGUCAGCGGUACACCGCAGCCGGAGCUUAUGUGGACGCACGAUGGCAAACACUUCACUAACCGCGAGGUUAAAUUCUUCUACGAAAACGGCCGAGCGCAAUUGGUCAUAGACGAGGCAUUCCUGAAGGAUGCUGGUGUCUACACGCUGACCGCCAAGAAUAUCGCCGGUGAAAAGUGCUGCUCGUGUAAUGUGGUGGUGAAGGGUCGGCUACCGAACGAAACCAGCGACUCGGAACUAGCAAGCGAUAUGGAGCCAGUGAAGCCCGCGGUUCAGCUGCCGCUGCGGGAUGUGUCAGUGUUCGAGGGUAAACCAGUACGUCUGGAUUGUGUGAUUGUGGGCCAGCCCGAGCCCGAAGUGAUCUGGUAUCAUGGCGAGCGGCCGGUGAAGGAGUCGACUGAUUUUCAGCUACUGUUCCAGGGCGACCGUUGCUCGCUGGUGAUCCGCGAGGCCUUCCUCGAGGAUGCGGGCGAAUAUCGGGUGGUCGCUAUUAAUAGCGCGGGUGAGGCGUCGAGCCAAUGUUCGGUGCUGGUCACACCGCUGAACACGGCCGAACCGGCGGUACGGCAACCGGCGGAGCGUGUGCUACCGGUCGUCGGUGCACCGCCACGCUUCGAACGGCUGCUGAGCGAUAUCCUCGCGGACGAAGGUGAACGGGUGCAGUUUGAGUGUGCGGUCAGUGGCGAUCCGCGCCCGACUAUCCGGUGGUUCGUGAAUAACCGUGAGAUCCCAACCGAUGUGACCGUAUCGCCGCGCGUACACUGUGUCGUGCGUGAGGACGGUGUAGUGAAGCUGAUAAUCGAGCGGGUACUGCCGGAUGAUAAGGGCGUCUACACGGUGAAGGCCGCAAACGUGUCCGGUGAGGCGAAGUGUUUCUCCAACCUGAUAGUGAAAACGGUCAACGCGCCGGAAUUCGAGGCGGUGAGCACGCCCGCCUUCCUUACGGAGAGUUUGGUGUGUCCGACGUUCCGCGAGCUGUUUGCGGAUCGUGUCGUCCGUCAGCACGAACCGACCAAGUUCGAGUGUAUUGUGAUCGGUAAACCGCAGCCGAAGAUACGCUGGUUCUUCAAUGAUCAACCGGUGCAGGGACACGAUUUCCUUGUGUCGACCAGCGGUGAUCGGCAGGUGCUCACCAUACCCGAGGUACGCCCGGAGCUGUCCGGUAAGAUCACCUGCUACGCGGAGAACGAAGCAGGCAAUGCACAGUGCGUCGCAAUCGUACAGCUGCUCGAGCAGCUCGGUUCCAUCGGUCCGGUACCAAUGCCGGAGCUUAGCCUACCGAUGACCGAAUCGAUGCAGCAGGUUGACACGUCCGGUUCGUCGUGCGUGACACUGCAGAAGCAUGUUACAACCAGCUCAUCGUCUUCGUAUUCCUCCUCCUCGAUGGCCACCAUCCAGCAGAACGGUGUGGCCCACUCCCAUUCGGAGGUUCAUGCAGAGUCGGCGAAACUGGAUCGCUCGUUCCGCCAGGAAGGUGACCAAGCGCCACAAGUCGCCGAAGCGUCCGAACACCAGCGCUACGAUCAGGUGAACAAUCAGCCACCGACCGUACAGCACGAGGCGUCCUCGUACGUGGGUGUCGCUCCAAACCUCGAAACCAUCAUUGCCAACUCGGGCCAAAUCAGCACGGGCAAACCGGCGAGACGCAACAUGGCGCCACGGUUUGUGACGCCCUUCAAUGGCAAGAUCGUUGACCAGGGUGCGGACGUUAUCAUCGAGGGUAUUGUGGACGGGUAUCCGACACCGGAGGUUCACGUCACGAAGAAUGACGUUGAGCUGCAGCCGGACGGUGAACGGAUCCAGGUGUCCUACUCGCUGAACAAGAUCGUCGUCGAACUACGCAAUGUGUCGCCGCUUGAUGCGGGCCGAUAUACGGCCACUGCUUCUAAUGCGGCUGGUGCUUCUACCACUACGGCGGAUCUCGUUGUUAAAAAAUCCAUCUUUCCGCCAGUGUUUGGCAGGCGGCUGCAGGCGCAAACCGCCCGCAACGGUGACCGGGUCGUGCUGGAUGUCGAAGUGUCCGGCACACCCGAACCAACCGUCGUCUGGUACAAGGAUGGUCGGUCGGUUCAGGAUGCGCUCGCUCCUGGCAGCUACGCACUGCAGCAGGUGGGCUCCUGCUUUAAGCUGAUCUUCGAGCAGAUCACAAUGGCCGACACGGGCAAGUACAUGGUGGUGGCGAAGAAUGCCGGUGGAGAAGCGCAAAGCACGGCCGACAUUGCCGUGUUGCAGUGUGAAAGUGCACCACAGCCGGCGCCACAACCCGCGCCCCAGAAACAUGUCUCGUUUGUGGACAUGGUUCAACAGCAGCAGCCCCGUGCGGAUGAGGCGUACGAAGGCGAGGGAGGUGGUUUCAGUGCCCGGCAGGAGUAUGCGAGCGAGGCGAAACUACAUGGCCCGACGACGGAGUCGACGAUCGUCACGGAGACGCGCCGCACGACCGAGGCGACGAUGCGCAUGGAGCACAAGAUCAGCUUCCCCGAUCUGCCGGUGCGUUUCUCACAGCGCACGCAAACGCCCACGGUGCCGACGGUGACCGAGGGCACGAGUCCGAUUGCUGACCCGUCGGCGCACCAGAGCAUGGGCACCAAUACCGAGCACGUAGCGACCCGCUCGGACGCAACGCAGACUGCGACGGUUGACGUUCCGAUUACACCAACACCGGCGCAACACGCACCGGCACCAGCUCAGCCACCGACGGCAGUGAACGUUCGGUUCCCAGCUCAGUCCGAAUCGAAACGGGAGAGUAGCAGCAUCAGCAGCAGUACCACCGUUGUGUGCGAACGACCGAAGUCAUUCGAACCUCUGUUGCAGCAGCAGCCGCCGGCCAACGGUGAUAUUACGGCACAGUUGCCGAUCUACCAGCAACCCGCACCAUCAGCUGCCACCAACGCACCAACACCGACCCAGAUGUACUCAUCCUUCUCCUCGACGCAGCAGUUCCAAGCGUCCUCGACGCUGGCACAGCAGCAGUACUCGCAGUCUUCGAUGCAGUACCAACCGUUCAAGCCUUCCCUCGCUGUGGAGGCACCUUCCGUCCGUGCACCUUCCCCAGCCCCGGUGCCGACCUUCGUGCCUAGUCAGGCAGCUCCACCACCGAUCCAGAGCUUCCCUCCGAAGAUGACUCCCUUCAAGCCGACUCCUGCUCCGGCUGCUGCACCGUCGAUGUUCACUCCGGCACCGGCACCAGUGUCUGUUCCGGUUCCAGCAGCUGUUCCACAAUUCAAUGUAGCAGCACCUGCACCGGGCUGCACGUUGACUCCGAUUGCUGGAGCAACACCAGCCUUCCUGGCGGGUCCGUCCUACAACCAGACGCCGCAGCCGUUUAAGCCGCUUCCGCCACCUACUAUUGCGCCCAUUUCUCUAGGUGCUUCUACUCCAGCUGCUGCUCCUCAACAACAGGCAGCUUACGCUCCACCACAGCCGCAACCGCAAGCCUAUGCCCCAGCAGCACCUGAGCCUUCUGGUCCGAUUUCGUUGCCUCCGUAUCAGGAGCCACUCUCGUUCUCAUCUCAACCUACCGUUGAGCCACUAUACCCUGGUCAGCUGGGCUAUCAACAGCCAGCUCAGCAGCCACCACAACAGUACCAGCAACAGGUGGAACAGCAGCAGCAGCUGUAUCAACAGCAACAGAUGUACCAGCAGCAGCAAGUAUAUCAGCAGCAGCAGCAGCAGCAGCAACAACAGGUAUACCAACAGCAACAACAGCAGCAACACUUCUACAUGGAGCAGCAGCAGGAGGAAGAGGUGUACAAGAAGAAGUCCGUGAAGGAAACGAAGAAAAUCUUUGAAGAAUCGCUGCUGCAGCAGCAGGCUGCGUACGGCGAACUGAAGGCACCGCGUAUGGUCCAGGGCGUUCGCUUGCCCGUGGCUGCACCGUUACCGCCGGACUUUGGGUACGGUGCGAUCGCGGAGCUAGGUCUCGAGCCAGGGCCCCAGCCGACAAUGGGCUACGCUCCGAAGGCCUCGAGCGAGCGCAAGAGCUCCUACUACCGGGAGCAGAUCGAGCAGUCCCUGCUGGAGAGCAUGGACAAGGAGCCGGAGCGUGUCCCGGCCGGCGGUGUCAAGAUUAUCCCGCCCAGUCCGCGCAAGAAGUCGAAACCGUCGCCGCCGGCGGUGGGACAAUCCGACACCGCAGGAGGAGCGCCUGCGCCGUUCGAGCAGCCGGCAGAGCUGCAGCAGGGCCUGGGUGCCAAGACCAAGAGUCCGUUCACCGCCACCGAGAGUGAGUACGAGAGUGACCUGGACGGUACCGGAGCCCGGCGCCAGAACGGUUAUCUCGCCGACACGGAGGAGGUUGUGCAGAAGACCGCAGCUGUUUCCUUUGAACAGCAGCAGAUGCAACAGCAGCAGACGAUUGAGAGCUUUAGCAGCUCGAGCAAGAUUGAGUCCCACUCGUCGAUCGUCAGCGAGGUUGUCCAGCAACAGUCGGCACAGGUAGAGCAGGUUGAACAGCAGCAGAUCAGCCAGGAGGAACAGCAGCAACAGGUGUUCCAGGAAGUGUCUCAACAGCCUGCAACAGAACUGGUGCAGCCGCCAUUGCAGCAACAGGAGCAACAGCAACAGUCCGAGGAAGUGAUCAUCUCAUCGUCGGAAUCCGUUCAGAAGGAAACGGUUGAGGAGAGCAAGAGCAGCUUCUUGGUGAACAACGAUCUGCCGGAGGACUUGCAGCCGGUGAAGGUGCUGCCAACCGAGGAACCACUGCCGACGCUCAAGCAUGUUCCAGUGCCGGCCGCCGUACAACCAGUGCCCGAGCAGGUACCCGCUCCCGAGCCUGUCAUGGUGGAGGCUCAGCAGCCUCCACAGCAGCAGCAGCUGCAGCAACCCGAACCGAUUGCUCCGACUCCGGUGCAGCAGAACGGAUAUCCAACGCCCAGUCCGGCCCAGCCGUUCCUGUCGGACUAUGAAAGUGACGCAGCGGCUCCAUCGCUGGCGGGCUACAAACCGGUCCAUCCGGUGUUUGCGCCACCGAAGCAGGAGUUUGCGUCGGGUCCAGCUGCACCGCCACCGUCAGUAUUCGACCCUAUCGACAAAAUUCAAGCGAACCAAGUCAACGCACCAACCGAUGCACCAAAGAUUGAGAAACCAAAAGCAAUCAGCUACGUUCAGCAGCAGCAGCAGCAACAGCAACAGUACCAGUCGUACCAGCAACAGCAGACCUCCUCCUUCCAGCAGCAGACCUAUCAGCAACAAUCUUAUCAACAGCAGCAACAGCAGCAGUCGUUCCCGCCGGCAGUGCAAUCAAUGCCGGCGCAGUACUACACAUCGAUGACGGCACCGCCAGUGCACAACACGAUCGCCACCGAAACGUCCAACUCGCUGCACAUGAAGGAGAUGACCGAGAGCAGCAACCGGGUGGUGAACAUGCAGCAAACGAAGCGUGUUGUCAGCAUGGAGCAGCAACAGCAGCAGCAACAACAGUUCAUGCAGAAGCCGGGUCGAUUUACGCCGGGAGAAUAUCGUGACAGCGAUGGAUACGAUAGCGAUGGCACACGCAUUCGUCCAAUGUGGACACCAAACCCGUCGGACAGUGAUGAGCCGCACUAUCGCAGCGUGCGCCCCAACUUCCAACAGUCGCGCUCGACGAGCCUACCAAGGCAGCACGAACGCAUCCAAACACCGAUGGAGUUCGAUACGCUGCCGGUGCAAAUGCCCACCAAGAUCGAACUGUCCGCCGGGCUGGAGUCGAGUCAGCAUCAGCGCAGCAGCUCGCUCUCCCGUCAGAGCACGCAGUUCGAGACAACCACCACGAUGACGACGGAAACGCUCAAGACGCAAACGUUGGACCGGUACGCAUCGAAACGGUUGGCCACGACUCCAGUGCCGAACACGCGCGAUGAUAUGGCGGUGAAGGCGCAUCGGGUCGCACCAAUUAACUACAUCCAGAAGCAGGCGGACGGUAUGGCACAGACGUUCAAGACGAAGGCUUACCACUUCAACAACGAGGUAAUGACCGACAUCAAGAAGACACCGAUCAAGCCGAUUCUGAAGAACGCGUACGGUGCUCCGAUGGUGCAGCCACAACCGCCGCAACCGAUGGCACAACCACCGCAGGCUACUGCUGCCCCACCACAGGUCUACCGGGAGGAGUCACGAGUAUCGCAAUAUGGCACGAAACACGUCGAUCCGGACACUGGAAUCAUUUACUUCAAGUACGAUUUCGGGUACGAGUUCGGCAUCAUAUUUCCGGGAGAGGGCCAUCGAAUAGUGGCCGGACGUGCCGGCGGUGGUAAUGGUAGGAAACAUCCGCGUUAUACCCAAAAUACGGCGCAAUUCGCGGCAGGUGACAUCGAUGUGCCGGUACAGCACGAGCGCACCAGAGACUAUUAUCGCACCGUGAAUCGCACCGGUCCAAUGUCUGGACCGACUCCGUACGGUGUACGGUCGGCUUCUGUACCGGCGACGGAAAUGCACGCUAGUGCUCGGUAUGGAUCGGUUCCGUUUGCUACACCGGAGUCUGCGUUUCACGGAGGAAGUAGCGGCCGGUCGACACCGUCACGCGGCCAAAGUAACCGGAACAGCUAUUGCGCCACACCAGAUCCAACAGCUCAGGGAUUGAACAGAUCCACGACACCAAACGUGAAGCAGCAGGAAGAAGGAGUUCCUACCAAAACACCCUUGUUCGUCGCUCCAUUGAAAGACAUCGCAGUUGUCAGUGGACAACCGGCGCGUUUCGAGUGCAUCGUAGCAUGCGAUGCAGCACCAUCGAUUCGCUGGACGAAGAACGAGGCACCGAUCGAGGAGGGGUACAAGUUUAUGCCAGAAUAUCGCAACGGCGUCUGCCGUCUAUCGCUGCCGGUGGCCUAUGAAGGUGAUGCAGGCCGGUACUGCUGCCUGGCCGAGAACCAUCUCGGCUACGCGGCCACCUGUGCCGAGCUGACGGUGGCAAAUAGCGAUUGGAGAGCGAACCAGUAAGAGGAAUCGGAUCGGAAUUCCCAGCCCUCCAGAAGAAGAAUCAGAUGCAGUAAACGGUGAAGUCUUGUCUCCACGACGAUACACGAAUCAGUGAGGGAAUCGCGAAACUACGCGAACACAAUAGCUAGAAUCGAAUGAUCAUGCUUCAAUGAUAAGAAGCUCAAUUUAUAUUUUUUUGUAAUAAUCAUUUAAAAUGCCAGUGGAAGCAGGAUUUGCCGAAAUGUUCGUUCGCGACUUCGUCGUGUAAUAUUCGAUCAUGUAGUUGUAAACGCUGUGUUGCUUUUAUUGAUCACCUCUUGCUUUCUAUAUCUAUCUGUAUAGGGUUUUUUUUUCGUUCUGUUUAUCUGUUCAUCGGUUUUUGUUAUGGCGCGUUUUCGCUUGAAAAAAAUGUCGAAUCCGCUUCAAAGCAUACCCGCCCUGAACACAACUGUUCUGUGAGAACGUGUGACUGUCUGCUUGAUUGCACCAUAUUAGUCACUACUGUUCUGUUUAUGUUUUAGCCGUUUCUGUGCUUCUUACCAGGAAGAUAACACAUUUUAAAAAAUAGUAAAAAGUUUGAAAAGAUAAUCUCGAACCGCUUGACCGAUAUAUCGAAGCCCGACAAGCAUGAUCUGUCAGGCAGCGUAGCGUGACGUUACACUGGAAAUGAGGCGUUCGCGAAAGAUACUGAAAGCAACUGUUUGAUAAUUACGAAUUGUCGAAACUUUGUUUCGAUUGGAUGCGAGUGAUGUUGUUGUACCAGUUUUUGUUCUUUGAGCAAUCGAAAUCGUGUUUGAUGUUUAUUUUGCAACUGUAUUUAACUCGAAACCAAAAUCCCACUGUUAUUCCCUUCUCCCGCCAUCAUCCUGCUUGUUUGCAUCGAACCAUACUGUCCCGCUCCUCCCCAAUACUUUUACUGUGCAUCGCAUAAAUGAUUUGUCACAUAUUGGAGAACUAUAUACUGUAACGAAGUGCAAGUGAAUACGAGUUGUUUUUUUUAAAUAUGAUGUAAAACACAAAACGCAAUAAAUGCAAAUGUACGAAAUGAACAGGAAAUAAAUAAAGAAUUAGAAACAAACCAA